UGUAAGCCCCUGAGAUAUACAGCCAUCAUGAACCGUCAUGUCUGCAUUGUGCUGGUGAUUCUGGCCUGGGUGGGAUCUUGUAUCCAUUCUUCAGCUCAGAUUUUACUGGCUUUGAAAUUGCCUUUCUGUGGUCCCAAUGUAAUUGAUCACUAUUUCUGUGACUUGCAGCCCUUGUUGAAACUUGCCUGCAUGGACACAUAUGUGAUAAAUUUGCUAGUUGUGUCCAAUAGUGGAGUCAUCUGCAUGGUGAGUUUCAUACUCUUGCUUAUGUCCUAUGCUGUCAUUUUAUAUUCAUUGAGAAAUCACAGUGCUGAAGGAAGACGAAAAGCUCUUUCUACCUGCACCUCCCACUUUAUUGUAGUUGUCAUAUUUUUUGGCCCAUGUAUAUUUAUAUACACACGCCCACCAACCACAUUUCCAGUUGAUAAGACGGUGGCUGUGUUUUACACAAUUGGGACACCCUUGCUCAAUCCUCUGAUUUAUACACUGAGGAAUGCAGAAGUGAAAAAUGCCAUGAAGAAGCUAUGGUGUAGCAAAUUAUAA